CACGACUCUUGCACGACCCACGGCCCGAUUCAACUCUGUACAUAAACCGUAGUCGGUUCAAAAAAAAUUAAUCCUCAAUCGUUUUCGUUGAUUUCUCUCACAAAGAUGCCGAUUAAGCGAUCUCGCACUUCAAGAUCUUGUGCGCAUUUGGAAAAUGAAGAUACCGGUGCUAAUGUUCAGAUACGGCAGGCGGAGCAGUCGUCUUCCACCGUUAGAGCUCGGAAUAAGGCGGCAAGAACAUCAAUGUCGGAGGAUGAAGUAGUGAAUCCACCAAAUCAGCUGCGAGAAGUGGCUUUUACAGUUGAAUCACUGCCACCGUCACCUCAACGUCAACCACCGCCACUUCAGACCCAGCUCACGGAUGGAGGCGUGUUUUCACUACACAUAAAUCCAAGGCUUCCACCGGCAUUACUCGAUGUAUGUAACUUUUGUAAGAGAAGGAUUGGACCAGAGGAAGAUCGGUACAUGAACGGAGGAUUGGAAGCAUAUUGUUCUCCUGCAUGUCGUGCAAAAUUCAACAACUUGAUGAUAGCAGCAGGGAAACGAUCUCCUGAUGCAGAGCCUUCUAUGAAUCGCCUUCAAUGGAACAAGAAGAAGUGAAAGAUUAUAUGAAUAUGUAUAUACAUACAUUAAACAAUUAAGUAGAGUAAGGUUCUAUGAAUAUAAGAUAAUAAUUAAAGAAUACUGCUAGAAAAUGGUUCUCUUGAU